AUGACGGGGCGUCAGGAAAUAACCACCGCAUUGGUAGCCGCUCGCGCCAUGUUCGCGCUCGGACGCGUCGCGCGCGUCCACGCGCGCGUCCACGCGUGGAGAGUGGCUCGCGCUCGAACGACGCGCGCGCGGGUCGUCGUUCGAGGCGCUCGAGGUAAUGAAGACGCAAAGUUUGGAGAUUCGAGGUCGUUCGAGGUCGUUGACGCGAACGAUGCGUCGACGACGACAGAGGCGUCGAGCGAUCGAGCGGGCGUUGUUAAACGUAGCGCGAGGACGCGAUCGAUCGGACGACGGGCGCGAGGGCGCGGGGCGGGACGGCGGGGCGUCCCGGAGCGGAAAGAGGAUGACUCGAGCGCGGCGGAUAGACGCGCGAGCGGCGACGCGGCGACGUCGACGUCCGAGGGAGAGAAAACGAAGACGAAAUCGAAAGGUGUUGAGAAUUCAAGUUUCGAAGCGUCGUUACGGAUGAACAAGGCGCUGAUGACGUGUGAGACGGUGGAGGAGUUGGCGGCGGUGGUCGGAGGGCGAGCGAGCGCAAUGUCAGACGUGAACGCGUCAACGACGUACUCCAGAUUGGCGAAAUUCGCGCGAGGUGGGCGUCGCGCGCGAGAGGAAGUCGUGCGAGAGAUGUCGCGCGCGACGUGGUUCAAAGAGGUGGAGGCGCGAUCGAUCGAGACGAUGGACAAGAUGCAACCGCGCUCGGCGGCGCAAAUGGCGUGGGCGUGCGGACAUCUCAGUCGCUCUAGGCGCAGAGAUGGCGAUGCGUUUUGGGACGCGCUUGAGCGCGCUCUGGAGCGAUUGGGGACCAAGUUCAAACCACAAGGCGUUGCGAACGUCGCUUGGGCGUACGCGAAGCUGGAAAUGCGAAUGCCGCAAGGGAUUCGAAAUGCGUUUGAGACGCACCUGGAGCGAAAUGCGCAAGACUACAAACCGUACGAGUUGACCAUCACGUUCUGGGCGCUCACGAAACACGGUGACGCGGUGCGAGAGGACGUCGCGAUCGCUCUUGAACGGACUCUCGAUCUCACGUGCUGCAAACCGCAAGAACUGGCGAACGUUGCGUCGGCGUAUGCGCGCAUUCGAGGAUUGGGAUCGAGAGACUUUCUCAAGGCGCUGGUGCAAGAGUCUUUCUCGCGUCUGGGUGAAUUCAGCGACUACGAGCUCUCGAUGCUGCUCUGGGGAUUAUCGAACGCUGGCUCGCAGCUAUUAGACGCUGACGCGUUGAAAAUGUUCGGCGAGGUACGGAGGCGAACGUCGUCAUUGACGCCACAUAGCGUCUCUCUCAUCGCAGGCGCGUUCGCCACGUUCAACGACGGCAUCUUGAAACGCUUCAAUGAUUGCGACGAUGAUUAUGUCGCCGAUUCUUGGUGUCCCUCGCAAUUCGAGGAGUCCACAAGAGAGGCGCUUCGAUUGACCAUGGCCGAUCUAGAGAGUGUCUUCUUGAAUUCAAUUGCGGAGAGCAACAUUGCUGAUUUGGGUUUUGUGAUUUGGGCAUUCGCUCGUCUAUCGCAUCGACCAAGCGAUGAGUUUGUGCGACGAUUCGAGGACGAGGCGGUGUCCAAGUUGGACGACUGUCCCCCAAAACAUCUCGCCAAUCUUAUGUAUGGCUUCAGUAGGCUCAAGCUGAGCGGUAUCCGUCUGUUUGCCAACGCCACAUUUUGCGUCUGGCAGAACGCGAGUGAGUUCACACCGAUCGAAAUUUUCACUGUGUGCUCGGCCCUUGCGAGCGAGAACCACGACCCCGGCGCAAACGUCAUGGUGCAGCUCGAGAGCACGGUGUUGAAAUCGCUGGAUUCACUCGAUUCGGCCGCCCUGACGGAGUUCUUACGUGUCUUUGCGAAACUUCGCUACAUGCUCUCGCCAGAGACGUUCCAAGCCAUCGCGCGUCGCGCAGCAGCAACGCUUGAUAGAUACGAUUCAUACAGACUGAGCAUGACGCUGUGGUCUCACGCGACGCUCGGUGUACAACCCCACGAUGAAGUACUCGAGCGUUUCAUGGAUGAGGUGCGCGGUACGAAGAAACAGUUCUUGAAGCACAACUAUGGCCUCGCGCUAUGGUCUCUGGCUGUGCUCGCGGCUCAACCGAAUGCGUCGCCUGGCGCCGAGCGUCUCAUGCGCGCCAUCGUGGACCUGAACGACGGCGUGCUCACGGAUUCCAACGGACUCCCUGAUAAAACUUUGAACGGGCUCUACAUGGCUCGUCUUAUCGCCGUCGGGCGCUCGUUCGAGGACGUCAUCUUGAGCGCCACGAGCGCCGUUGUUGACGACUCCGAGCGUGCCUGGCUCGACGUCAAGACCCAGGAUCCGACGACGAGUAACCUCCAGCGUGCCGUCGCAGAUCAUCUCCACGACAUGGGUGUGGGCGAUUUCGAUGUCGAACGCGCCGUCGAGGGCGGCAAGAUGCGCCCAGACAUCGUCUUCGAGAGCCGCCGGCUCGUCAUUGAAGUCGAUGGUCCGCAUCACUACAGCGUCGAUGCGGACGGUGUCCGACGCGAGCUCGGGCAAACGAUCGUCCGCAACGAACUCCUCCGUUCCUGGGGCUGGAAAGUCUGCGUCGUUCCCUAUCACGAAUGGUCGGAGCUCAUCGGCGACGACGAGCGCGAGGAAUAUUUACGCGCCAAGCUCGACGCCUUCGCAUGA